AUGGCUCGUGGUCAACAGAAAGCAGAAUCGCAAAGAAAGAAUGCUCUAAAGAAAGCUAAGGACGCCCAUAAGGGUAGCCAAUUGGCCGGUCAAAAGGCAGCUCUCAAGAUGACAUGCCCUCAAUGCAAGUUACAAAUGACCAACUAUAAAGUCCUAACGCAACACUUUGAGUCAAAACAUCCUAAGGAGACUUGCCCUCCGGAGAGCUCCUUCACGGCCUAA